GCGCGCUUCGUCUGGGAUGUGCAUGCGCCGUCGUGGAGCAACAGAUCAACGCGCAUGCGCACUUGAUUGUUUUGACUGAAAAUGCCGUCCGUUUCGAAAACGGCGACCAAUGCGUCUCCUCAAACCGAGAAACCGACCCACUAUACCUACUUGAAGGAGUUCAGGACCGAGCAGUGUCCGUUGUUCCUGCAGCACAAGUGCACGCAGCACAGACCAUUUACGUGCUUCCACUGGCACUUUCUCACCCAGAGGCGGAGGAGACCCAUCCGCCGGAGGGACGGCACCUUCAACUAUAGCCCCGACGUCUACUGCACCAAAUACGACGAGACCACCGGCAUCUGCCCCGAUGGAGAUGACUGCCCUUAUCUACACCGGACCACCGGUGACACGGAGCGCAAGUACCACCUCCGCUAUUACAAGACGGGCACAUGCAUCCACGAGACAGAUGCCCGGGGGCACUGCAUGAAGAACGGCCUCCACUGCGCGUUUGCCCAUGGCCCUCAUGAUCUCAGACCCCCCGUCUAUGAUAUCAGAGAGAUCCAAGCACAAGAGGUGCUCCAGAAUGGACAGCUGGGCCCCGGCGAAAGUAUUCCCGACCUGCAGCCCGGCGUGUUAGCCAGCCAAGCCAUGAUCGAGAAAACCCUGAUGGAGGACCCCAGGUGGCAAGACACCAACUUUGUUUUAGCAAACUACAAAACGGAGCAGUGCACAAAGCCACCCAGAUUGUGCAGACAGGGCUACGCUUGUCCGCACUACCACAACAGUCGAGACCGCAGGCGCAAUCCACGCAAAUACAAGUACAGGUCGACUCCGUGCCCCAGCGUGAAACACGGCGACGAGUGGGGCGAGCCCUCCAAGUGCGAAAGCGCCGACGCUUGCCAAUAUUGUCACUCACGCACGGAGCAGCAGUUUCACCCAGAGAUCUACAAAUCCACCAAGUGCAACGACAUGCGGCAAACCGGCUACUGUCCCCGAGGGCCGUUUUGUGCCUUUGCACACGUCGAAAGAAUCCCCUCCACCGAGGAUACCAUGAGCUCAUUGCUAACGGCCAUACAUUCCAGCUCGCAUUCCCAGCCAGGCCCUCAGCAGUAUUCCGAGUGUCCGGUCGCAGAGUGGACGACGGCUGGCGGUUCCAGCACCAGCAACGGACAAGUGGCGAGUACCCAAAACAGCGUCUUCUGCGCAGUGAACCCCCUGGCGUCCAGCUUCACCUCCAGCAUAACGUCCAGUUUGGCUUCCAGCAUCGGCUCGGACAGCUCCUCCCCGACCACCUUGUCCACCAUGAACGCAAAAGCCACUCCCUUUUAUCCCGGGAGCAACACGGUGGAGUCGGUCAUAGGAUCUGCUCUGGACAUCAACUUUAGUGACAUUAACGUUGCGUCGCUUGAUAAGGAGCUAGAAGAACAAGACAACAGUGUUGGACUGGAAGGUCACAGAAUGUUCAGCGGCUCGGCCCCGGUCAACAUUCCCGGCUCGCUGGCGCGCUCGUCCUCCUUCAACUCGUCUUCGUCGCUGUCCACGUCGCCACUGAGCUCACUGUCGCAGUCGCACUCCCUGCUGUCCGGCGCGGUGUCGCAUCACAACCACACCGCUAACAUGUUGGCCAAGCAGGAACACGGCCUGCUGGGAACGCCCUCGUCUUCUUCCCAGAACUCUUUAGGCUUGAACGGCGCUAGCAGCAUUUGGGACUUUGUGAGCGGCAGCUUUUCCCCGAGUCCGUCCCCGGUCUUCAGCAGCCUGACGUCCGCGGCAAGCGGCGGCGACGUUUCACGUCUCUUUCGGGAACUGGAUGAGGCCAAGAGGAAGAUCAAACAAUGGGAGGAGGCCUGGCAUCAGGUCAAACAGGCAUGCGAAGCCUGCCAGAAAGACGCCCACGAAGCCAAGGAACAAGCCAAGGCGGCGGAGUCGGAACGGCAGCUGGCUGAGCAGAAACGAGACGAGACGGAGCGCAAGCUGAAGGACCUUCGGGGCGACUUUGACGCUCUGUGCCGGGCACCCGGAACGCCGCUCCUGCGCAGCUACGGCGAGCUGGAACAGCUCUCCCUGUCCAAGCUGCACUCGCUCAAGAACCAGCUGCGCAACGACCUCGACCUUAUAGACGGGGUCAUAUAUCGGCUUCAGUCAAAGAAAUGCGUAGUUUGCCAAAAGCACGACCGAUGCGUUGUGCUGCAGCCAUGCCAACAUUACGCUCUAUGCGAGAGCUGCGCGGCCAGCAAAGCCGAAUGUCCCUACUGUCGAACAAAAAUACUCAAGUGGUGAUGUACGCUCACGCACGAGAGGUACUAUGUCAAACGACUACGAAUAGAUAUCAAAUUUUGUAUAUUUCAUACAACACUUAAAAGGUCGAACGAAAUGAUGCUAGACUCGUACAAAUGUGUCGAACGGCGAAUCUCGUACGGGGAUUGGGAUGUUUAGGUUUUGCUCAUUUUACGUGGCCAACAGCUUCAGUUACCAAAAAAAUAGUCAAUUUGGCUACGACAACUAAACUCUACAAAAAACAGGUGCUUUCUCAAUAAGUUCGGAUAUCAUGGAAAACGUCAUUCAUUCAAAGUCAAACUCAAUUGAAAUAUCUUAACGAUUUAAAUUUUUGCAAUUUUGAUGAUGUGUCAGGAAAUUAGAAUAUGAUAAAAAAAUGAACAAGCGAAAUGAUUUUUUGGGGGGAUUGGCUUUCUGGAAACUGCAAGAUUCCGAUACAUUGAAAUGCAAUUUCACUUCAAAUGGCCUGUUUGAGUUUCUCAACAAAUCUAAAGUGAGUUUUUUCUUCCCCCCCGACAGAAUUGAAUGUGUCCUGAAUCUUCGCCAUCAUUUUCAAAUGCACUUAAGUCAACAUUCCCUAAAUAUUUCUUAAAGACACCGAGGAGGAGAUCCCAUGAAACGUAUUUUGCAUUCAAGACGAUCAUAUUUUCUUGACUGUCACGAUCAAAAAAAAUAAAAAUCCAUCCCAGCGCAUGGGAAGGCCAAAUGACUGAGGUGAUGUCACGCUUAAAAUGAGCAACUUCAAAUUCGACAUCCACUUUUCCUUGCGUCUUCAAUUGUCAAAAAUUCCCUUGUGUUUUGGGAGAGCAAUUGAAAUUCAACACUAUGCAGAUUGAAUCUUUGAUGUAAACAAAACAACAACAAAACAAACAAAAAAAACACUAUUUGUACUGCAAAGUUGUCAAGUGUUUUUCGGGUAUUGGCGCUGAAUGUUCCUUUUUACGUAAAAAAAACAAACAAAACAAAAACAAAUAGUUGAUAUAAAUGCAGCCAGCUAAGCAAUUAUUCUGACCAAUUUCCCGAAGAUUUCUUAAUUGAAGCACUUUGUCGACGUGGGACUAUUAAGAGGGUAUCUAGACAUUUUGUUGAAGCUGCUUUGUCGGGAUUCCUUCUUUUUUUUUAACUAGUCAUACUUUUUAUAAGUAUACCUAUAAAUAUAUAUAUAUAAAGAGAGAGAUAAUGCGCUUUUUUGGUGUGUACUGUGAAACAUAAAUGGACCAUUUCAUGUUUCCUGUUGUUUAAAUCAUAGCAUGAUUCUGCAUAUUAAUUAAGAUUGAAUAGGAAACUUCAAGUAUUUCAUUGUUUCUACUUUCAUAGUUCGAUUUAUAAAAUAAACGAGAGAGAAAAAAAACAAUUGCAAACUUAUGAUGCAUUUUAGGCCGAACCAGCAGCUGUAAAAUGCGUCACACGCUAUAUACACAUGGUUCAAAUCAGUUACUUUUGUUUUUUUUUGUGAACAUUUAUAAGGAGGAGCAUGUAUUGUCUUUUUGUGUGAAUGUGUGUGUAUGUGUAGGAAACUAGCCUCUAGAACAUAUCGGCCUCCAGCUCUCAAGUGCCUUAAGCUCAAAUUGUAGACGCGGAAAAGCUCCUUUUUGGUGAAAUGUGUUUAAACCUGACCAUACUUAUAUCCGGCCUAAUUUAAUUCCUCUUAUUUUUUUUCAUCUUAUUUUAUUCUAUUCUAUUUUGAUGGAACAUCACCAGCGCCUGCGAUCUUUGCCGUUGGCCGCAGUGCUCUUCCCGUGCAGCUUUGCUCUUUUGAGAUUAGCUCUUUUCUUUCCUGGCCGUAUGCAAAAUAAAGGGCACCUUGUAUUUGUACCGAAAAAAAGCUCUUGGGACAAUUUCCGUGAUGAACGUAAUUGAGUCCGUCUAAAAAAUGACCUUCUACUGUGUUCAUGAAUCGCUCUCGCUUUAAAAAAAAAACAAAAACAAAAAAAAAACAUAGGAAGUGUGUCUCCAGGUGCAAACGAUUUAGCUACUUGUUCACUAAAGCUACAUGUUCAUUUCCAUUCCCCGAUGGGACAGGAAAGCAGCGCCGCGGAAAAAAAAGUGCAUUUUUAUCAGCUGUUUGCUGAGUUAAAGAAGCGGGCCAUAGUCAAUAUGCACCAGCUGAAGCGGGGUACACACACAACGAUUUUAACAUCUUAACCUUUUAUUUUAUUUUUUUUCAUGGGCCCACACAUGGCGAGGGU